AUGCGCGCCUUUGUGUGCAUGCUAUUGACGGUUUUGGCCGUGGCAGUGAGUGGCCAGUUCGAUACGCACCAGUGGGGCGAUCGUAGCGGCAUCGUACAUCUGUUCGAGUGGAAGUGGAACGAUAUUGCCAGGGAGUGCGAAACUUUCCUCGCACCGAAAGGUUAUGCCGGUGUGCAAGUGUCACCACCGACUGAGAACGCUGUCGUAUGGAGCCCUCCCCGCCCAUGGUGGGAACGUUACCAACCCAUCUCAUAUAACCUAAACACCCGGUCAGGCAGUGAGGCGGAGUUCGCGAACAUGGUUAGCCGCUGUAACGCGGUAGGUGUACGCAUCUACGUCGAUCUGGUCAUUAAUCACAUGGCCGCUAUUAGUACGAACGGGGGCACUGGUGGAUCGACUGCAAACGCUGGGGCCAUGGAGUUCCCGGCUGUGCCGUACGGCGCGAACGACUUCAACCCAGUGUGUUCGAUUACCAACUACAACGAUCCCAUCAUGGUUCGUAACUGCCAGCUAGUGGGACUACCGGAUUUGAACCAGGGCAACAGUUGGGUGCGUGACAAGAUUGUUGACCUGAUGAACAAAAUGAUCAACUACGGUGUUGCCGGCUUCCGUGUAGACGCCGUCAAGCACAUGUGGCCCGGAGAUCUACAGGCCAUCUACAGUCGUAUGAACAAUCUGCCAACGUCGCACGGCUUCCCACCGAACGCUCGUCCCUUCAUCACGCAGGAGGUGAUCGAUCUGGGCGGUGAGGCUAUCAGUAAGACCGAAUACACCCAUCUGGGUACGGUUACUGAGUUCCGAUUCUCGGCUGAGAUUGGACGUGCGUUCCGAGGCCACAACCAGCUUCGUUGGCUAGUUAACUGGGGUCCCGAGUGGGGCUUCUUGCCUUCUCAUCUGGGUCUCGUUUUUGUUGAUAACCACGAUAAUCAGCGCGGCCAUGGUGCGGGUGGCGAAGAAGUCCUGACGCACAAGGUGCCCAAGAACUACAAGAUGGCAAACGCUUUCAUGUUGGCCCAUCCCUACGGUAUUCCUCGUGUCAUGAGCUCGUUCUUCUUCAAUGAUGGUGACCAAGGACCGCCAUCUGACGGUGAUGGCAACUUAAGCUCCCCGAUCAUUAACGCCGACGACUCAUGCGGUGGUGGCUGGGCUUGUGAGCAUCGGUGGCGCCAAAUCUAUAACAUGGUUGGCUUCCGCAAUGCUGUAUCCGGUACCUCGUUGAACGACUGGUGGGACAAUGGUGGUAACCAGAUCGCUUUUUGCCGCGGUGGACGUGGUUUCGUCGCGUUCAAUCUGGAGGGCCAUGAUUUGAAUCAAAAUCUGCAGACCUGCCUACCGGCGGGCACGUACUGCGACGUGAUCUCGGGUAGCAAGUCUGGAAGCAGCUGCACUGGUGCUAGCGUCACUGUUGGUGGAGAUGGUCGUGCCAAUAUCUUCAUUAGCGCCAACGCCGACGAUGGUGUCCUGGCCAUUCACGCCAAUGUGAGUAUCCUCGAGAGUAUAUGA